AUGCCUACCAACAGCAGCAGCAGCAGCAAUACUGGUCUCCAACGUCGAACAUUUACCGGGGGUACAGUUACAAUGGCCUUCCAUGAAAACUACGAAAUUGAACAAGACAUUUUGAGGGAAACAAAAAUCUCUCGCCAACACCUUACACCAAAUAUUGCUCUGCAUUUAAUUACUCCGGAAUGUCGUCUUUUCUAUGAACCACAACUGAAUGAGGAAAAUCAAGUCUUUAAAAAUGAUCCGUUUUGGGCUUUCUAUUGGCCAGGGGGCCAGGCCUUAAGCAAAUAUGUUUUGGAAACCCCAGAACUUGUGCACGGAAAGUCUGUACUGGAUGUGGGAAGUGGUUGUGGUGCCACAUCUAUUGCAGCCAUUGAGAAGACGGCGAAAUAUGCUAUAGCAAAUGAUAUUGACGAAGUUGCUGGCAUUGCUGCUUUAUUAAAUGCCAAAUUAAAUCAAAUUGAUAUAAAGAAACUCUUUAUCUCAAACGAUAAUUUAAUUGGCUCGAAUGUAACCGAAGAUUUGGUAUUCAUCGGAGACCUUUUCUACGAUGAAGAAAUUGCCGAAAUUCUACUACCUUGGCUGCACAAGUUGAGCUCGAAUGGCAAAAUCAUUUUAAUUGGCGAUCCUGGUCGUCAUGGCAUUACGGAAAAUCGUUUGAAAUUCAUGAGAAAACUUGCCACAUAUGAAUUAACGGAGAACUGUUGCAUUGAAAAUAAAGGUUUUAGCACGGUUAAUGUUUGGAGAUUUCAAUAA